AUGGGCUCCAACGUAGGGGGAUAUGGAAUGGCUCGCUCGGGAAUCUUUAUCGUGUUGAUGGGGUUGUGGAGGUUUAGCUCUGCUUGCCCUGCAUCCUGCACUUGCAGCAUCUCAAGGCUUGUUUGUAUCGAUCCUGACCCAGGGAUCGAGGAUUUCCCUAUCCUUACGUUAGAUGACAUGGAAAUGGACAUCAACAUCACCGAUAUAUACAUUGCAAAUCAAAAUCAACUAUUUGACAUCAAUGAUAACAGCUUGAAGUACUACUCGAAUCUCAGAAAUCUAACUGUGACAAAUACGGGACUGACUUCUAUCUCAUCAGAAGCCUUUUUAAACAAUACAGGACUUCAAUAUCUGAAUCUGAGAGACAAUAACUUGUCAACACUGUCCUGGAGGACAUUCAUAAACUUAAACAUGACAUCUUUUCCUCUCCUGUCUGGUAACCCUCUGGAGUGUGUAUGUGAGAACAUGUGGAUCAAACUGAGGCUGCAAGAGGACCUUGACAGUUCAGAGAGUCAAGAACUGAAAUGCAUAGAUGACCUUGGAGUGAGGAGGGCCAUCACCAGAUUAAUCUUCCCUGAUUGUGAGGCUCCCGCAGUGGAGGUCAGUCCCUCUAUCGUCACAAAGACGGAGGGAAGUGAUGUCACAGCAGUAUGCAGUGCAACAGGGUCUCCUGCCCCUGAGAUCUCAUGGAAUUUGGACACCCUCUUCACCAGCCAUGAGGUCAAUGUCUUGGGGCUGGAAAGCAAUCUGACACUGUCAGGUCUCUCGCCUUCGGACAACGGCAGAGUGAUCACUUGCAAUGUGGAGAACGUAGUUGGCCAAACUGAGGCUUACCUCCAACUCAACAUCCUCUUUUGCCCCACUAUCCUGGAGCUGCUGGAGCCAUUGAGACUCCACCACUGGUGUAUCCCUUUCAGUGUGACCGGGAACCCCAAGCCCAAGCUGCAGUGGUACCACCAGGACCAGGAGCUCCACGAACAAGAGUAUAUCAAGACUGAGAUACACAAGAGCCUUGGAAGCGUUCACCACGGCUGCCUGCAGCUUGCCAACCCGACUCACAUCCACAACGGGCAGUAUACACUGGUGGCCAGGAACGAGUUCGGGGAGGACCAGAAAGUAGUUGACGCCCACUUCCUGCUCCCGCCAGACGAGGGCGACUAUCCCUCAGACUCACCACUACCCCCAAUAGACGACAGUGUUGCAGUGUACGUAGUGGUGGGAAUCGCUGGCGUGGCAUUCAUUGUAUGUGUUCUGAUGGUGAUCAUUCUGAAAUACGGAAGAAACUCUAAGUUUGGGAUGAAGGGCUCCUCCUCCUCGGUCAUCAGUAACGACGAUGACUCCGCCAGUCCUCUUCAUCACGUCUCCAACGGCAACAACACCCCGUCCUCGGAGAUGAGCCACGAUGCGGUGAUCAUUGGAAUGACAAAGAUCCCUGUCAUCGAGAACCCGCAGUAUUUCCGCCAAUCUGGCAGCAUGCUGAAAUCGGACACAUUUGUCCAGCACAUCAAGAGACACAACAUUGUGCUGAAGCGUGAGCUGGGAGAGGGGGCCUUUGGGAAGGUGUUUCUGGCUGAGUGCUACAACCUGACCCCAGAUCAGGACAAGAUCCUGGUGGCUGUCAAGACGUUGAAAGAGGCCAGCGAGAGCGGCCGUGCUGACUUCCACCGGGAGGCGGAGCUACUGACCAACCUGCAGCACGAGCACAUCGUCACCUUCUACGGCGUAUGUGUGGACAGCGACCCGCUCAUCAUGGUGUUCGAGUACAUGAAGCACGGCGACCUCAACAACUUCCUCAGGUCCCAUGGUCCUGACAUGGUGCUGAUGGCUGAUGGGCAGCACAGCCUGAUGGUGGAGCUGACCCAGUCCCAGAUGCUGCUCAUCGCCCAGCAGAUCGCUGCAGGCAUGGUCUACCUGGCCUCCCAGCACUUUGUCCACAGAGACCUGGCCACACGCAACUGUCUGGUGGGAGAGAACCUGCUGGUCAAGAUUGGGGACUUUGGCAUGUCCAGGGACGUGUACAGCACCGACUACUACAGAGUGGGGGGUCACACCAUGCUGCCCAUCCGGUGGAUGCCUCCAGAGAGCAUCAUGUACCGGCGGUUCACCACGGAGAGCGACGUCUGGAGUCUGGGCGUGGUCCUCUGGGAGAUCUUCACCUAUGGGAAGCAGCCCUGGUACCAGCUCUCCAACAAUGAGGUGAUUGAGUGCAUCACCCAGGGGCGCGUGCUGCAGCGGCCGCGUUCUUGUCCAAAGGAGGUGUACGACCUGAUGCUGGGCUGCUGGCAGAGAGAACCCUACAUGAGACUGAACAUCAAAGAGAUCCACAGCCUGCUCCAGAAUCUGUCCAAGGCCUCGCCUGUCUACCUGGAUAUUCUGGGCUGA